AUGGCUACAGGAAUGUACCAGACGAGCGCCAUGUCCCUGUGGUUCCUACCCGCGGUGUUUACCGCCGUGUUCGGCCCUGUAGCUGUCCAGGCGGCGGCUGACGUGACGGCCCCGGCGGGGAGGGUGGCCGGGCUGGAGCAGGACGUGGACGGGACGACGGUCAACGCCUUCCUGGGGAUCCCGUUCGCUCACCCGCCCGUGGGGGACCGGCGCUUCCGGCGGGCCGAGAGACUGCAACGCGACCAGUAUUUCAUGUUAUUGUUGCUUCUAAUCACUGCCUCUAGGAAACCAAACGCCUGCAUCCAGGCCGCCGACAGGACCGGCGGACUCCUGCCGGACCUGCAGGUGAACACGCCGCUGAGCGAGGACUGUCUGUACCUGAACGUGUGGCAGCCGUCCCCCGCCCCCACCGCGGCCGCCGUCAUGGUCUGGUUCCACGGCGGAGGAUUCAGUAGUGGUACGUCUGUCGCUGACGGGUACGACGGCCGGUACCUCGCCGCCACAGAGGGAGUCCUGGUGGUGAGCGUGAACUACCGGCUCAGCACGCUGGGGUUCGCCUACGCCGGGACGGAGGACGCGCCAGGAAACAUGGGGCUGACGGACCAGCUCCUGGCGCUGCAGUGGCUGCAGGACAACGUCGCGUCGUUCGGAGGCGACCCAGACAAGGUCACCAUCUUCGGGGAGAGCGCGGGCGGGAUGAGCGCCGCCGUGCACCUGCUGUCUCCGCAGAGCAGGGACGCGUUUAACCGCGCCAUCAUGCAGAGUGGAACGGCUGUACGCAUGCUGCAGCUCUACUCCACAGACGACAUGCACGACAACACCAAGGCCCUGGCAGGGAGCCUGGGAUGCCCCACUGAGCAAGGACCGACAGCCAUGAUGGCCUGCCUGAGAGAACAGGACGCCGAGAGCCUUGUGGCCGGCUACCCGCCCAUCUAUCCGGUCAUCGAUGGGAGCUUCAUCCCAGAAAAACCCGAAAAGGCCCUUAGUGAUGGGCAGUUCAAACAUACGGACAUUUUACUAGGCAGCAAUGCGAAUGAGGGUAUGCUGUUUCUCUUGAUCUUCCGAGUUCCGGGGUACAUUGUAGGCUCGGAGAACAGUAUCGACAGGGACCAGUUCAUACAGAACAUCAAGGCGUUGGCUGGGCUUAACGGUCUUACUAACGAGCUGGCUGUGGAGGCAGUCGCCUUCCAGUACACCGACUGGUUACGUCCGGAGGACGGGAACAUGUACCGAGACGCCCUGGACGCGGCCAUGACGGAUCAGAUGUACCGAUGCCCGGCCUUCAGCACGGCGCGCGCCCACACCCGAGCCGGGACCGCGGCGUACGUGUACGAGUUUGCCCAUCGGCCCUCUAACUCUCUCACUACUCCCGACUGGACGGGCGUGAUCCACUCCGCGGAAAUACAGUUCGCGUUCGGGAGGCCCCUGAAUGCUGCCCUGGGGUACACCGCCGAGGAGGCCGACCUGUCCCGUAGGAUGAUGCGAUAUUGGGCUAACUUUGCCAGAACAGGAAACCCCAACAACGACACGGAGACAGUGUGGAGCCCCUACACGGAGUCCAGCCGAGGCUACCUGAUGUUGGACACGGGCGCGCCCCGCAUGGUGACCGGGCAGAAGGCCAGGGAGUGUGCCCUGUGGGAGAACUUCGUGCCAGAUCUCCUCAACACGACAGGUUUACGGGAAAUCCCGAACAGUGCCAGGCAGCUGCAGCAUCCAGAUCGGCAUCACCAUGGGGACAAAGUCUGGCGCUGGCUCUCUUCAUAA